GAUCAGUCAAAAAUAUAUUAUUUUUGGAAGACUGAGGCUACCCGGCGAGGCUCUCCAGGUUGCUCUGUCCACCAAUUUAUGAUUUUCUGCCGUAUCUUUACAAAAAUGGCAACUAAUGGUGCUGUUCUGAAGAGACUGGAACAGAAGGGUGCAGAAGCAGAUCAAAUUAUUGAAUAUUUAAAGCAGCAAGUUGCUCUUCUUAAGGAGAAAGCAAUUUUGCAGACAACUUUGAGAGAAGAGAAGAAACUUCCAGUUGAAAAUGCUAAAUUAAAGAAAGAAAUUGAAGAAUUGAAACAAGAGCUAGUUCAGGCAGAAAUUCAAAAUGGAGUGAAACAAACACCAUUCCCAUCUGGUACUCCACUGCAAGCUAAUUCCACGGUUUCCGAAAAAGUGAUACAGUCUAUACCAAUAAGAACUGUAUCUUCUGGUGCCAAAGAACAGAUAACAGGAGGAAGAGUGGAAGAAAAGAUGAAAGAGAAAAUUGAAAUGAAAGAGAAAAAGGAGAAAAAACCAUCAAUAGCAGGAAGUGCUGACUCUGAGCCAAUCGAUGUUUCUCGUCUGGAUCUUGGAGUUGGUUGCAUCAUUACUGCCAGAAAACAUCCUGAUGCAGAUUCUUUACAUGUAGAAGAAGUAGAUGUUGGAGAAACAGCCCCAAGAACAGUUGUCAGUGGCCUGGUGAAUCAUGUUCCUCUUGAACAGAUGCAAAAUAGGAUGGUGAUUUUACUUUGUAACCUGAAACCUGCAAAGAUGAGGGGGGUAAUAUCUCAGGCAGUGGUAAUGUGUGCUAGCUCACCUGAGAAGGUUGAAAUCUUGGCACCUCCCACUGGGUCUGUUCCUGGAGACAGAAUUGUUUUUGAUGCUUUUCCUGGAGAGCCUGACAAGGAGCUAAAUCCUAAGAAGAUUUGGGAGCAGAUCCAGCCAGAUCUCUGCACUAAAGAUGAGUGUGUGGCUACAUACAAAGGAGUUCCCUUUGAGGUGAAAGGGAAGGGAGUGUGUAGGGCUCAAACUAUGACCAACAGUGGAAUAAAAUACAAUAAAAUAAAAUACUCAUUUACUGAAAUACAUUGGAGAAAACUUUAAUAACAAUAAAAAGAUAUUUGUCAAAAAAAUAUUUUCUAGUGUUUGAAAUUGCCAUAAAGAACUAAAACUUCAAAUGUUCUAAAACUUGCAAUCACAUUUUAAAAACAGAUUUUGGGGGCGCCUGGGUGGCUUGGUCGGUUAAGCGUCCGACUUCGGUUCAGGUCAUGAUCUCACGGUCCGUGGGUUCGAGCCCCACGUCGGGCUCUGUGCUGACAGCUCAGAGCCUGGAGCCUGUUUCAGAUUCUGUGUCUCCCUCUCUCUCUGCCCCUCCCCUGUUCAUGCUCUGUCUCUGUCUUAAAAAUAAAUAAACGUUA